AAUAAUUUAAAAAAAAUGCCGAAUACGUGCCAAAACCGUCACAAUAACGGUGUGAGAGAUGCAAAUAAUAAUAAUUCCAUAAAUGAUAUGUACAAUCGGAUAGGGUCGAAUCCAGGGUCAAACUCGAGCCCUAAAGUGACGGCAAAGGUGAUGUUCGGAACCGUAGAAGCCCUACGAGAUUUGAGACUAAAAGAGCAGAUGCAAAGGCAGCAGAAAAAAUAA